UUCACAUCAGCCCAACGGACUAGUCAGAGUUUUGUCUUCUUAGUCUUCACAACACCGCUGCCCUAAAAUACCGUAUUUACAUUUAUGCAGCAACAAAGGGGGAACUGUAGGCUACCGUAAAGAUCUGAGUAGGUUGAUUCUACAGUAUGGGAAACCCAUGGACAGACUCGCUGUGGGAACUCAGAAGUUGUCUCUGUCUGUCUCCUGUCUGUCCCGCUGUCUCAGGUCUGUGAAGGUAAAGAUGUCUCUGGUCGAGCUGGAGGUACCGUUUCCCCUCGUGCGCAGGAGGGUGCACGUUGAGCGCGUGCUGCGGCUGCAGUGAUCAAAUACCUGUCAUCUCUUACUAGCUGCGCUGCCUGCUUGAUAUUACCGACUGAACGGAGGAUUUACUGGGAACGGGAACUGAGAACAUACCGGCCCAAACCCCCUCCGACUGGACACCGAUGGCUUCAUGACCCUCUGUGUUCUAAUGACUGCUGGAGUGCAGUCGAGCUGACAGGAGCUUUUUCUGUGGAUUACUUGGAACACACACACAGACACACACACACACAGACACACACAGACACACACACAGACACACAGACACACACACAGACACACACAGACACACACACAGACACACACACAGACACACACAGACACACACACAGACACACACACACACACACACACACACACACACACACACACACACACACACACACACCCUUGCUGUACACCUCUCUGGUCAAGAUGAGACGCCUCCUGCUGAUUACCAUUCUCCUCCUGCCGGUGGUGUGCUCCAUGUAUUCCGAGAACUCCGACUGUGUGGUCAAAAGACAGCAGGAGAGAUGUAUGGAGAGGAUCGCCCUGCACAACCUAACCCACUACCUGGAUAAUGGCUGUCCGUGGAUGUGGGACGACCUGGCUUGUUGGCAGGAUGCAGCCGUAGGUGAAGUGGUAUCAGUCAGAUGUCCUGAAGUCUUUCAUGACCUCCUGAGUCCUGACGAUGAGAUUGGUUGGAUCAGUAGGAACUGUACAGCAGAGGGCUGGUCAGAAACAUUUCCUCACUACGUUGACGCCUGCCUGUCAGACGAUAACACCACCAGACCGGACAUGAACUAUGCGUCUGUGAAAGCUCUGUACACAGCAGGAUACAGCACCUCUUUGGUCUCUCUCACCACCGCCAUGACUAUACUCUGCAGGUUCAGGAAGCUCCACUGUACCAGGAACUAUAUCCAUAUGAACCUGUUCAUCUCCUUCAUGCUGAGAGCUAUCUCUGUGUUCAUCAAGGACGGGGUUCUGUACACCCAGGAGGAAGAAAACCACUGCUUCAGACACACUGUGGAGUGUAAAGCAGUCAUGGUAUUAUUCCACUACUGUGUGAUGUCCAACUACUUCUGGCUGUUCAUCGAAGGCCUGUACCUCUUCACCCUGCUGGUCCAAACCUUCUUCCCAGAGAGGCGGUACUUCUACUGGUACACCGUGGUAGGCUGGGGUACUCCCACCAUUUGUGUAACUGUCUGGGCUGCUCUGAGGCUUCACUUUGACGACACAAGUUGCUGGGAUACCAACAACACCACUGCCCUCUGGUGGGUGAUCAAGGGACCUACAGUCGUCUCCAUCAUGAUCAACUUUGUCCUGUUUGUUGGCAUCAUAGUCAUUCUGGUCCAGAAGCUGCAGUCGCCUGACAUCAGAGGGAAUGAGUCCAGUAUCUACCUGCGUCUGGCUCGGUCCACCCUUUUACUCAUCCCCCUCUUCGGGAUCCACUACACUGUGUUUGCCUUCUCACCAGAGGACGUCAGCAAGAAGGAGAGGCUGGUGUUUGAGCUGGGCCUGGGAUCUUUCCAGGGUUUUGUUGUGGCUGUCCUCUACUGUUUCCUCAAUGGAGAGGUGCAGUCUGAGAUCAAGAGGAAGUGGCGUAGCUGGAGGGUGAACCGGUACUUUACCGUGGAUCUGAAGCAUCAGCAGCGCCACCCAUCCCUGGUCAGCAGCGGUGUCAACGGGGGAACACAGCUCUCCAUGCUCAGUUCCAAGAGCUCCUCCGCCUUACAGAUACGCAUGGUGGGCCCUCUGGCCGAGACACCGUCCACACUCAACCUGCCCAUCUGAUUGUCUCAAACCCCUGGCCGAGACACCGU